AUGGUUGGUAAAAAUGCUGCGUGGCGUCGUUGGUGCUGCGAACGCACCCCUGCUGCCCAGCAGGCCUUGCGCGCGAAAAGGCUCCACUUUCACCAUUUGGUUCGCAAAAAGAAAGCAAUCUUUUGGCACACGUGGCUUCAAUCCCAGGAGCACGCCACGCAAUCGAAUCCGUGCAUUGCUGCCAGGAACAUUCGGCGACAACUUGGAACCUCCAGGCACUCUGUCCCGCGCUGCAUGCGUUCUGCGUCGCCCGAGUGCAAUUACGUUGAGGGCGAAGCUUGCUUGGAGGCCUGGCGUUGUCACUUUCGCGAUGUCCCGGCUUCCGCCGUGCCAGGCCCUCGCGAGAGCGGGGUUGAUGCCCAGAUCUCCGUCGGUUGCGUGAACAAACGGCUUGUACGACCGGCCGGUUGGAUUAUCCGCUCUCUGAACCCGAACUUGUGCAAGUUCUUCAAGAACUGCCUUGAAGAAAGCGCCGGGGCCCGCAAGCGCACGUUCUGCGCCUUCGUCGAUGUGCGUAAAGCGUUUGAUGUCGCUUGGAGGGAUGCGGUCAAGGUUAGGUUAGCUGAUUUGGGUGUCACAGGCUCCAUUUGGAAAGUGUUGGACGAUCUUCUGACUGACACGUCCGCGCGUGUUGCGGUGAAUGGAUCCAUGUCUCAGCCCUGGUCGGAAACCGCUGGCGUCCGUCAAGGCAGUGUUUUGGGCCCACUCCUUUUCAACAUCUUGUUUGACAGCAUUUCCGCAGCUGUCCGUGCCGCGUGCCCUGGUGUUGCCCUCGGCGGCAGCGGCUCGCUCAGGCUCACGCUGCUGCUUUACGCUGAUGACUUGGUUGUGUUGGCUGAGAACCCUCGAGAUUUGCAGCGGGCCCUGGAUGCCAUUGAAGCUUGGGGAUCCAGUUGGAGAUUCUCUGUUGGCAUAGGGCCUGAGAAAACUGCUGUUCUUGUUGUGGGUUGUAAGGGCGCCCAAUUUUCACUUCCGCCUGCAAGGCGCUGA